AUUUGAAACCAACCAUAAGCUCUUUUUAUCUCCGCUCUAAAGGUAACCCCGAUUAUUGCUGAGUUAAGCAUCGAAGUGUCUACCCCGAGUUCCACCUCGAGGCUUUGCAGGUUUUCCCGGAGUGCAAGCGCGGACUGAAGAAGGACUUCUGGUUUGGUGCAAUUACAUUGGCGUCGUCUGUGGGAAUCGAACUGAAAGCUCGUUAGUUGCUCUUUCAUCAUGGUUCAUACUCGAUCAGUCCGAGCUGGUAACUCAUCUCUGCCUCUUGGGCAAGGCCAACUCUCCAACAACCUUCCACCUCUGAUCCCACCUCAAAUCCCAACUCCACUUCCACCUCAGGUCCCAAUUGUGUUCCCUCCUGUUGAUCAUGCAGAAAGAGGAGAUGAAAACCAACCUCAUGCCUCAGCUCACAAUUCAACUUCCACUGCCAACCAAGACGUAGUGACAGCUCAGCUUGCUGCCAUGCAGCAACAGUUCGGUGUUUUUCACUUGGAAAAGCUAGUAGUUGAACACCGAGGUGCUCCACCACCACACCAUGCUGCUGAUUCUAUACCUCACCCUCUGAAUACCAACAUUACACUGGAACCCUAUCCUGCUGGCUUCAAAAUACCACAACUGGAGACUUAUGACGGGACGAAGGAUCCCGAUGAUCAUUUGCAUGCUUUCUACUCUUGCAUGCAAGCUCAAAAUGUCUCUGACGCGUUGAUGUGUAAGAUCUUCCCCUCUACUCUCCGAGGUAAUGCCCGAACUUGGUAUUACAAUUUACCUCCGAGGUCAAUUAGCUCUUAUACAGAAAUGGCAUCUGCCUUUGCCACUAAGUUUUCCAAUAUAAGGUUGAUUAGGAAAACUACUUCUGAGCUGAUGCGAGUUAAACAGAGGGAUGGAGAAUCUUUGAAGAACUAUAUGAGCAGGUUCAAUGAUGCAGUUUUAGAGGUUAGUUCCUUUGAUCAAGCUGUGGGAAUUACAGUUGUGAUCUCCGGUCUCAAGCAUGACAGGUUUAGAGACAGUUUGAUCAAACAUGCUGCCACCACCUUUAGCGAGAUGAAUGAUAGGUCUCUCAAAUUUAUAACUGCUGAGGAAUACGCCCUGGCACAAAACCUACCUUCCUUUAAGAACCAGAACCCAGAUUGGAGAGAUGAUAACCCAAGCAGGAAAAGGAUGAGGAUGGCACAGAACCGAGGUCCAAUGUUGACCUCCCCAACGAGAGUCGGAAGGCCGAACUCAGCGCCCCCGCAGCAAUCUACAGGUAAACCUCCAGUUAAUUGGACUCCCUUUAAUUUGCCGAGGUCACAGAUUUUUAUGCAGAUUAAGAACAAAAUGGAUUUGAGACGUCCUGGCCCAAUGCGAACUGCUGCUGCUAGUCGAGACCAUACCAGAUAUUGUGAUUUUCAUCAAGAUCACGGCCAUACUACAGAGCAGUGUAACAGUUUAAGGUCCGAACUGGAAAGUUUAGCUCAGAAAGGAAUGCUAAAUCAGUAUGUUCAGAGAGCUGAACAACCGAGGUUUGUCAGAGAGCAAAGGCCGCAGCCUCAAGGAGUUCGCAAUCCCCCAAAUAGACAAGGUGUGGGAUAUCAGCAAGCCCCACCUCCGUUCCCACCACUAGCUAGAAUCAUACACAUGAUUACGGGAGGCCUUGAAGCAGGUGGGCUGAGCUCUAAACAGCGAAAGCUGUAUGUCAGAGAGGUUAAGCAUCAGAACCGAGCUCAGAAGCGGAAGAUUGACGAUGCUGAGUGGAAAACUCAACCCAUUACUUUCACAUCUGCUAAUCUUGAUAUAGUUCGUGUCCUUGUUGAUACCAGAAGUGCACCAGAUAUCAUGUACUUCCAUUGUUUCGAGAGUCUUGGGCUGGAUCCAGCGUUGUUGCAGAAAUAUGAUGGUCCUAUCUAUGGCUUCAACAACCAACCUGUUCCGGUGGAAGGAGUUCUUACCCUCCAUGUGGCUUUUGGGAGUGGCCGAACCUAUGUAACCCCUUCAGUCCGGUUCCUCGUAGUCAAAAUGGCGUCCUCUUUCAACAUUGUUAUUGGCCGACCCACAUUGACUGAAAUCCGAGCUGUGGUUUCCCAGUCUCACCUCUAUAUGAAGUUCCCAACUCCUACGGGAAUAGCAACACUGCGAGGAAACCAGGAGGUGGCCAGACAUUGUCAUAUCACCUCAAUAACACAACCAACGAAGGGCAAAGAUCAGACACCCGAGGCCAUUCCCCAGCGAAUUCCUGAUAAUCAGCAAGUUAUGGGUGUAGAGAUCGUCGAUAAUCGACCGGACGAUGAAACCAAAGCUGCUCCGGUCGAAGAUGUUGAAGAAGUGCUCAUUGAUGACAGAGAUCCGAGCCGAAAGACGCAAAUCGGAACUAGAUUGAACCCAAAAGAGAGAGCAGAGCUGAUAGCUUUUCUCCGAGCUAACAAUGAUGUAUUCGCAUGGACUUCGGCAGAUAUGCCAGGAAUUCCAAAAUCAGUGUCUCAACAUAAGCUCAGCACCAAUCCAUUGAAGAAACCAGUGGCCCAGAAGCGGCGUCUCUUCGGGGGGGAGAGACUUCAGGCUAUUAGAGAGGAGGUAGAGAAACUUCUACAAGCUGGUUUCGUCAGGAAAGUUGAUUACUACGAAUGGGUGGCUAACCCAGUCUUGGUGAAGAAGGCAAACGGUAAAUGGCGAAUGUGUAUCGAUUACACAAAUCUUAACCACACCUGCCCUAAGGAUUGCUAUCUGAUGCCGAGCAUUGACAGAUUAGUUGAAGCGGCUUCAGGCAAUGAGAGAUUAAGCCUCUUGGAUGCAUAUUCUGGGUAUCACCAAGUGCCGAUGGCUCCAGAAGAUGAAGAGAAAACCUCGUUCUAUGCUGGCGAUAAAAUUUAUUGCUAUGUCAUGAUGCCAUUUGGCUUAAAGAACGCUGGUGCUACUUAUCAGAAAAUGGUGACCAUCGUCUUCCGAGCUCAGAUCGGCAAGAAUCUGGAGGUGUAUGUCGAUGACAUCGUAGUAAAGAGUCGGAAAGCAAAAGACCAUCUAGCCGACCUCGAUGAAACCUUCAACAACCUCAGAAAGAACAGGAUGCGGUUGAACCAAGCCAAAUGUAUUUUCGGCGUGGAGUCUGGACAGUUUCUGGGUUUCAUGGUGUCCCGAAGAGGGAUUGAGGUUAAUCCAGAGAAAAUCAGAGUAAUUGCCAAGAUGGAACCACCGAAAUCAGUAAAAGAUAUACAGAGGUUGACUGGAAGAGUGGCAGCCCUUCAUCGAUUCAUAUCGAAGUCAGCAGAUAAGUGCCUGCCAUUCUUCAAGAUCAUAAGCUCGCCACCUCUACUGACUAAGGCCAUCGAUGGGGAAAUUCUUUAUUUGUAUCUGGAGAUUUCAGAUGAAGCGAUUAGUUCAGUUCUGGUGAGAGAAGAAGCCAAGCAGCAAAAACCAAUCUAUUACAUCAGCAGCGUGCUACACGGAGCAGAGCUAAGGUACCCUAUAGCUGAGAAAGCAGCAUUAGCAGUUAUUUUGCAGAAACCAGAAUGCUCAGGAAGAUUAAUUAAGUGGGCAGUAGACCUAGGAGAGUUUGAGAUAACGUUUCAGCAGAGAUCGGCCAUCCAAGCCCAAGCAUUAGCAGAUUUCAUUGUCGAAUGUACUCCAUGUCCUUCAACCUCUAAUCCAGAGCCCAACGAUUGGACCUUAUAUGUUGAUGGAGCAUCUAGUAGCAAGGGUUCAGGGGCUGGCGCUCUCUUGAUUGGUCUAGAGGGAUACCGAAGUGAACAUGCCCUGAAGUUCAACUUUGAUGCGACAAAUAACAUGGCUGAGUAUGAAGCUCUAUUACUUGGUUUGCAACUAGCAUUGGAGUUGAAAAUCAGUGCAAUUCAAGUGUACAGUGAUUCCCAGCUGGUGGUAAACCAAAUCAACUCUAUCUGUGAAGUUGUUGAUCUUGUGAUGGUGAAGUAUGUAGCCUUGGUGGCUGAGCUGAAGUGCAAAUUCCAAAAAUUCUGUCUGAGUAAAAUCCCCCGAGCUGAGAAUGAACAGGCAGAUUCACUCUCCAAGUUUGCCUCUGAUAGCUCUUUAAGUUCCAGAUCCGUUUUUGUAGAGAUCUUAGAUGAACCAAGCUUCAUGAAGCCUCGGGUGAUGGAGAUUAGCACAAACCCAGACACGCUGAGCUGGACUGAUUCAAUCGUCUCCUUUUUGCGAGAUGGGAUAGUACCUGAAGAUAGGCAGGAGGCAAUGAAGUUGAGAAAGAAAGCAUCUCGGUAUACCCUCGUUGAUGGGGUCCUGUAUAAGAGAUCUUUCUCACUUCCUCUUUUACGGUGUUUAAACUCCUAUGAAGCUGAAUAUGCACUUCGAGAGGUGCAUGAAGAUGCCACUUACUUUGUUCACAAAUGCCCGAAAUGUCAAUUCUUCGCACAUCUAACUCACCAACCAGCAGAAGAACUCACAAACAUGGUAGCACUGUGGCCAUUUGCUCAGUGGGGAUUGGAUCUUUUAGGCCCAUUCGUGAAAGGGGUUGGUGGUGUAACCCAUCUGGUUGUUGGUGUGGAUUAUUUCACAAAGUGGGUAGAAGCUCGGCCUUUAUCUAGUCUUACCUCUGAGAAGGUCGAAGACUUUGUUUUCAGCUCGAUCAUCUGUAGAUAUGGGAUCCCGAAUCAGAUUGUGGCCGAUAAUGGAACCCAAUUCAAUUGCUCUUCAUUCCGAGAUUUCUGUUCCAGUUAUGGGAUCAAGUUAUAGUUCACCUCCAUUUACCAUCCGGAGUCCAAUGGCAUGGUUGAAUCUGUUAACAAAUGCAUUUUAGAAGG